AUGGAAGAGAAACUGUGUAGGAGUGAAGUUCAUGGUGAAAUACACUCUGAUAAUCUUUGUGUAUCUAAUCAAACAAUGUACAUUGAAAAGAAAUCAAAUCUCAGUGGUAACAAUGAUAAACUAUAUCACUGUGACACCUGUGAUAAAACAUUCUCUGAGAGAAGUCAGUUAAUUUGUCAUAUAUGUUUCCACACUGGUGAUGGAUUAUACAACUGUAAUAUUUGUGGUAAAACAUUCUGUGCGAGAGGCAAAUUAAAUCGUCACAAACGGAUUCACACAGGUGAGAAACCAUAUUACUGUGAUAUCUGUGGCAAAACAUUCUGUGGGAAUAGUAAUUUGACUAGUCAUAAAUGUGUUCAUACAGGGAAGAAAGCAUACCACUGUGAUAUUUGUGGUGAGAAACCAUAUCACUGUGAUAUCUGUGGGAAAACAUUCUCUCAGAAUACUCAUUUGACUAGUCACAAACGCUUCAUGAGCCUGACAGCAGAAGACCAAGUUGUCAAUAGAAGCAACAGAGGUUGCCUCAAAGUGGCAGUGGAUUAG